AUGGUGAGAGAUCACGAAAAGAUUCAUACAAGAGGCGAAAUUGUGAAAGCUGAUUCAAGCAUGAAAUUUGUAUCUGGUUGUGGACUUCUAUAUGAAUGUCCGAAAUGUUUGAAGAGACUCACACGAGUUGCUGUUGAUCACAUGGCUAAAAUACACAAUCAACAUAUUAAAAAUGUGGACAACUUCUGCUUCCAGUGUAAAGUCGUGGUUGAUGACUAUCGGAAUCAUAUCAAAAGACAUUUGUCGUUUCAAUGUCAAACGUGUGCACAAUUUUUCGUUUCACAAAAUAAAUUGGAUAAACAUGUUGAAGAUAAACAUGAAAAGAAUGUCAAUCGACCAUGUCCUUGUGAACAAUGUCGGGCGACAUUUAAGACACGUAACCAUCUAAGAUCUCAUGAAAUGAAUAUUCACACAUCAUCUGAUGAAAAGAGAUUUUCUUGCGAUAUUUGCAACAAAAGAUAUGGAUUCAAAUUUGAACAAAAUAUUUACACACAUGAAGCAGUCGCAUUCUGAUGAUAAACGUUAUCGUUGUAGAUAUUGUGGGUUGAAGUUUAAAUACAACAACGCAAUGAAAUCGCAUUGCAGAAGAGAUCAUGGAGAACAAUGCGCAAUUUCCAUGUCUUAAAUGUCCUGAAAAAAUGAAAACAUUAAAUGAUCUUAAAAGGCAUUGUGAAGAAAAGCAUGGAACGUCCAUAAAUGUACAAAAGUAUAACGAAAUUACAUAAUUAUGAAAAUAAAAGUCAUUAAUAAAGUUAAGAAUAUUGUUGUGAUUUAACUUUAAAAGUUUCAUAUUCUAUUAAUUUGAUAAGCUGUGAUGCUGAAAGAAGUUCAAGAAAAUAAAUAAGCAAUCAACAUUAAUUUUAGAUAUAACUUUAUUAUUUGAUUUAUAUUUUUCUUACACGCAUAAUUAUAAGCAAGUAAUAUAAUUAAUUGAUUGAUUGAUGUUCAAUAUAAUUUGAUUAAUUGAAGAAUUCAUUUGCCUUGAUGAUAAUCUUUUUAUUUUCAAUGUCUCAUGUUGAGACUUUUCAUCAAUUGAAAUGUAAUUUUAGAUUUCUUCUCUUUUUAAAACAA